AUGAAGAUCAAUAUUACCGCUAGACUUGCGUCCAGCGUCUUUCUUCUCGCCUUAGUUCCUGCAGCCCGAGCUCUUCCACAAUGGCUUCAACCACACCUUCGUAAUGCCAAUGCGGAUGUGUUUGCUCCUCGAGAUUAUACAAUCUAUGAGAGAGCAGAAGGUAUUCAAGAUCGCUAUACACCAUAUGGAUAUGGACCUCAACCUACCUCCACCAUAAACCCAGUCGCAACCGCUGAUCCUGAGGGGACUUCAUCAUCCAGCACUAGAACUGGUUCUGCCACGGCUUCUGUCUCUGGUUCUUCUGUCAGUGGUAUCCUUUCCACUGGUACUUCUCCUGUUAGUUUCUAUACUGGUCCAGGAUCGGUUGAACCUUCUGUUGUUACUUCUCCUACUGUUGCAUACUCUACAAUCACGAUUCCAGUUUCUGCUACAGAAGGUUCUUCCACGGAUUCGGCAUCGGCGUCGGCUUCAAGCUAUGAUUCAGGAACUUCUGCUUCAGUAACAGGGGCCAUAUCAUCGGAAUAUAGUGGAAUUUCACCAACAAUACCUGGAGCUAAAGAUACUACUUCUUCAAAUUCCGAUAUCAGCUUGCCAACAUCAUCUGGAGCACCAUAUACUGCUCCUUCAGGGUCUAGUGGUAAUUCGCCAAUAACAUCGGCAAGUACACACGAACCAUCUGGUAUCACUACGUCAGAGCAUUCUUCUACCACUCCAAGUGCAACCACUACUGAUCACUGCAAUCAUGACAAUUGUCUUCGCGAAUUCAUUCGAUCUUCUUCCAUCGUUGGCCCAUUUUGUGCUACAUAUACUUUGUCAGAAAAUACUGCCACUGCAGAUCUUCCAACAUAUGUUUCUCAAUGUCAUGACUCGCCCUCAAGAAUAUCAUCUGCAUGUUCAUGUUUGAAUACUGGUGCCGCUACUACUUCAGGAACUGUCGGUAGCAGUACAUCUUCGACACAAGCAGGAGCAGAAACUACAUCCCCAAUAAGUGGUGCACCGACUUCUUCUGGAGCUCAAAGUUCUUCAUAUUCAUUACCUACAGGUCCAGAAUCUUCUGCUAGCCAAAGUUCUUCUAACGCUAGUUCUGGAAGCUUAGGCUCUACGGUGACUAAUACUCAAACCUACACCAUUACACCUACCAUCACUGUUCCCUCCGAAGGCCAGACAACUCAACCACCAGGAAGCGCAUCAGGUGGCGAGUCAACAACCACUUCACCGGGAAGCGGGACGACAAUCACUCCAAGUAUGAUAGGAAGUGAGAUAACAGCUUCUCCAUCCGGUGGAGAGACGAUAUCGACUCCACAAGGAGGUGAGACGACCCCUAACCCAUCAGGUAGUGAGACAACAACCGCUCCUGCUCCCAACACAACUACUACCUCUGGAGAUAUAACCCCAAGCGAAAGCUCAAGUAAUCCCAGCUACACUUCAGAGGUAUCGAAUACAGAGUCUGGAACGCCUCUGACCUCUACCGGCCCACCUCUCAUGCCUGGAAAUUCAUCCACUCCUGUCGGUCCAAUUAGCUCAUCAACAUAUGUUUCAGCCAGUUCGUCAUCUGCAGGACCAUACACAAAUACUUCAGCUUCUGCAACCGGUCCUGUGACUUCUGGAAUCUCAUCAUUCACUCCAUCUGGCGGCAUAUCAGCAUCGGUACCUGGUAGCUCAAAUGGUGGUAGUGCUCCUUAUACAAAUUCGACAUCGGGAUCAUCUCCAACAAGUACAAUCGCUUCUUCAGGCACUGCACCAUUUACCAAUCCUUAUCAAACUGGAACUGGUCUUUCUAGUGGAAGUAUCUCUGGCAGCAUUUCAAGUCCGAGUGCAUCAGCACCUUUAUACACAAAUUCGACUACUUUGGCUAGCUCAACUUACCUCGGUACUGCGCCAUUAUCUUCCGGCUCAUCAGGAAGCAUUAUUUUGUCAACAGGAGCUCCAUCAUCCACUCCUCUAUACUCACUCAACUCGACAUCCCCCUCAAGUGGAGUUGUGGGACCUACAGGAUCAAAUGUAUCUGGUGGUAUUAGUCCCAGCUCGUCUGCCAGUGCCCCUUACCCGACGGGUAAUAAUGCUUCGAUUACUACUGGUCCAACUGGUACAGGAUCUGCACCAACAUCCUCUUUAUUAGGAACUGGUAGCUCGGGUUCUUCUGUCUCUGGUAUCAUUAGCUCUUCCGCUGAAUCUAUUUCUUACUAUCCUUAUGGAAAUAGCACUUCGUAUACAAAUGGUCCAACUGGAUCUGUAAUAGGAAGUUCAAGCGCUGUAUCAGGUGGUGUCCAAUCAAGUACCGGUGUUUCAAGCGUAGGAAGCUACCCAUCUUCUUCUAAUGUAUCAGGUGGAAUCACUUCAUCGCUUCCGUCCUCUGCUCCAUAUCCAAUCUCCAACAGUACAGUAACGGCAGGACCAACUAAUCCAGGUACUUCAGUAUCUGGUGACCUCACUUCUGUUACUUCUGCACCACUCGGCACAGGAAGCUCACCAUCAUCAAGCGUUUCAGGCGGUAUUAGCACUUCGCCGGUAUCUUCCCAACCAUACCAACCUUAUCCCUAUGGAAAUUAUACCCUUCCGCCACUAGGCACAGGUACAGGAGGUGCAGCUACAUCCACGCUUUUCGGGUCCGGAAGUUCACCAUCAAGCACCGGCACAGCGCCUCUAGGGACAGGAAGUUCAAGCGCUAAUUCAGGAUCACCUUCAUCAGUUCCAUACCCAACUCCGUCCAAUGGAACUUUGACUAGUGGACCAACCGCACCGACAGGAACCUCGCCAAUAUCCAGCAGUGAUUCUGGCCAAUCUUCAUCGGCUCCAUAUCCAACUUCAGGAAACGGCACUUUGACGAGUGGACCAACUGGAACCACACCUGUCUUGAGCACUGGCACAGCACCUUUAGGAACAGGAAGUUCAAGUACUGAUUCUGGCUUAUCAUCGUCAGCUCCAUAUCCAACUUCAGGAAACAGCACUUUGACCAGUGGACCAACUGGAACCACACCUGCCUUGAGCACUGGCACAGCACCUUUAGGAACAGGAAGUUCAAGUACUGAUUCUGGCUUAUCAUCGUCAGCUCCAUAUCCAAGCUCUUCAAACGGGACCUUGACUAGUGGACCAACUGGACCAUCAGGAACUUCACCAGUCUCAAGCUCGUACCAAUCAUCUGUCUCUGGCAGCCCUACCAGUAUUGGUAAUGCAAGUUCGGUGAAUCCGGCCUCAUCUGCUAGUACUUACGAUCCUAAUGGAUCUACUUCCAGUCAAGUAUCCGUAGGGGCCUCGAUAUCAUCGUAUUCAGCAACAGGUCCAUUUAAUACCAGCACUGGAGCUUCUCCUACUACGCCUUUGUCCUCAGGUGACUCUGGUACAUCGAUCACGUUGGUAACGUCGACACCAUCUACGUUUGUAACUUCGGUCUCGACUGGUACAUAUGCUGGGACCAAUUCUUCUUCCAUCAUCUCAUCGGCGUUAACUUCUGACUCUGGUUCUUCAAUCUCAUCCACGGAUUCUUCAAGUGCUGUACCUUCUACAAAUGCUCCCACUCCAACCAGUACCUAUUCUCCACCACCAACUUAUGCUCCCCCACCUCCACCAUACUACGCGCCACCUCCACCAAAUUAUUAUGGCUGGGGAUCUUGGAGCAGAAAGCAUCAGAAUAGAGAUGUCGGCAGUGUUCGCCGUUGGUUCUGGUAA